GUUUCACUUAGAACGCAGCACUCGGUUUCUGAUGAAGCUGAGUCACGAGACUGUGACCAUCGAGUUGAAGAACGGGACGCAGGUGCAUGGCACCAUCACAGGAGUGGAUGUCAGUAUGAAUACUCAUCUCAAGGCUGUGAAAAUGACACUGAAGAACAGGGAGCCUGUACAGCUGGAGACACUGAGCAUUCGGGGCAAUAACAUCCGAUACUUCAUUCUGCCAGACAGUUUGCCCCUGGACACCUUGCUAGUGGAUGUUGAACCAAAAGUAAAGUCGAAGAAAAGAGAAGCAGUUGCUGGAAGAGGCCGUGGUCGAGGCCGUGGAAGAGGCCGGGGUCGUGGAAGAGGAAGAGGAGGCCCAAGACGAUAACUUCUCCCAUGCAACUGUUACCAAAUGCUGGGCAACUUUGGAUUUUUUUUUGUACAGGUCUUGUUUAUGAUGUCCAUUUUUAAUAAACCGAAAAGUGAAA